UAUUCAAGAGGAUCCGGACCCAAAGUUGAGAAAUGCCCCUUGACCUACGGCAACAUGAACGUCAGAGCUCGUCAUUGGUCGUGACAGGGAGCUGUAGGGCCGGCCUAUAAAUACACGUCAUGAGUACAGCAGUCAAAGUAAACAGAGGUACUUGGUGUACUGAACGGACUCCCUGUAGCGAAGUGUCCGUAGAAAACAGUGAAUAGAUCCGCCUUCAACAUGGGCUUUAUAACAGUCGUCACUUUCACGCUGUGUCUCGCCCUGACAAUCGUCGCCCAGCAACAAUACAACGACCCCUGCAGGCAGAAAGAGGCGGAGGGAAGAGGAUGCGGUCCCGAGGAGGAGUGCCGUCUCGUGAAGGUCUCCUGUGAAGCGUUCCCAUGUCCGCCGGAACCUCAGUGUUUACAACCCAGGCUACCAGUGAGCAGCUGUCGCUAUGGCGACCCAGUUCUUAGUAUGAACUUCACCGCCCUCUCCUGCAUCUCUGACAACGACUGCCCCGACCACACCACCUGCAACUUCGAGGUGAUGGACACCCAAACCACGUGUUGCUGGAUGCCGAGAGCGGCACCGAUCACACCCAUUCAAUUCAAGCCGGGGACGUGUCCCAAUCUCCUUGGAAUUGGAUCCUGUGAGAGUGAGUGCGUCAACGACGGCAGCUGCAGCGGCGACCUCAAGUGCUGCAAGAACGGCUGUGGCAAACGUUGUGUGUCACCCAUCCCGGCCACGCCACCCGGCACUGUAUCGACCACUCCCAGCCCACCCGUCAACUACCCUUGUCAGACAGUGAGAUGUUCCCGAGGAUUUGAGUGUCGACUGCAGGAUGUACAGUGUUUCCAAGCCCCCUGUCCGCCUCAAGCAAGGUGUGUCCCCACGCUCCCACCCUCGACACUCAAGCAAUGUGAUAUAGGACUCCCUGUUGUGGACAGCAGCAACAACGAAUUGUUCUGUGGACGUGGCCCAAACAGACGCCCGUGCCCUAGCAGCACCUCCUGCAGCAUUGACCCCGUUGAUCGUUUUGCUGUUUGCUGCUUCAGUCCUGUCGGCACCACCCUCUCGCCCGUGUUGACCAAUCCCUGUGCGGCGGCGCUAUGUUUGAAAGGCCACUAUUGUGAAAACCGACCGGACUUUUCAUGCAGAUUGCCCCCAUGUCGACAAAAAGCUGUUUGUGUCCCUGUAUCGACCACCCCCAGCCCACCCGUCAACUACCCUUGUCAGACAGUGAGAUGUUCCCGAGGAUUUGAGUGUCGACUGCAGGAUGUACAGUGUUUCCAAGCCCCCUGUCCGCCUCAAGCAACGUGUGUCCCCACGCUCCCACCCUCGACACUCAAGCAAUGUGAUAUAGGACUCCCUGUUGUGGACAGCAGCAACAACGAAUUGUUCUGUGGACGUGGCCCAAACAGACGCCCGUGCCCUAGCAGCACCUCCUGCAGCAUUGACCCCGUUGAUCGUUUUGCUGUUUGCUGCUUCAGUCCUGUCGGCACCGUCACCACACCGACCCCGAAUCCCUGCGCAACGAUCGACUGCAGGUCGGGCUUCCACUGCGUUGAGAGGGCCACCCCAUGUGCGGGGCCACAGUUUAACUGUCCGAUACAGGGAGUUUGUAUUGAGGACACGACGUAUACUGGGACAGGCAAGCCGGGCACGUGCCCUCCCGCUGGUGUUGGAAUCUGCAUCACGGAAUGUGAGACGGACUUCGACUGUGAUGACAAUAGGAAAUGUUGCAGUAACGGCUGUGGCAGCGUCUGCACGAUCCCAAGUGCUAUCGUUGUUGCCACCACGCCGACUCCGCCCGCAGACCCCUGUGCAACUGUUAGGUGCGAAAGUGGCCUCAAGUGCGAGGUGCAACAGGUGCGGUGUUUUCGCGCACCCUGUAAGAGCCCCAUAGCCUCGUGUGUUGCGGUUGAAAAGGAAGGGUCGUGCCCCAGCACUGACGGCGCGUUCGGCAUCUGUGUGGAGAGUUGCAGCAACGACGGAAGUUGUCCCGGAAGUCAGAAGUGUUGCAGCAAUGGAUGUGGGCACACGUGCCAGAGCCCUGUGUCACGUGACCCGUGUAGAAAUCAUAAAUGCGGCUUCAACCAAGUGUGUAGGCUACAGGUGGUCAACUGCAUCAGAGCGCCAUGUCCGCCCAUAGCAACUUGUGUCCCGGUUGAAAAGGAAGGGUCGUGCCCCAGCACUGACGGCGCGUUCGGCAUCUGUGUGGAGAGUUGCAGCAACGACGGAAGUUGUCCCGGAAGUCAGAAGUGUUGCAGCAAUGGAUGUGGGCACACGUGCCAGAACCCUGUGUCACGUGACCCGUGUAGAAAUCAUAAAUGCGGCUUCAACCAAGUGUGCAGGCUACAGGUGGUCAACUGCAUCAGAGCGCCAUGUCCGCCCAUAGCAACUUGUGUCUCACGGAGUACUGUCACCGUCCCCAGCCCGUGCUUCAGAAGUUUCCCCGUCACAGACAUGAAUGGUGCGGACAUUACAUGCAGCAGUUUCCUAGCCUGCCCAGACUUGACGAACUGUGUUAAUGGCGCCUGUUGCUUGAAAACCAACUCUGGUGGCGUCCCCACAACUCGUGCCCCUGCUGUGUCCACGAGGAGGCCGGGCAGGUGCCCCCGGAGAUUCCCCAUGCUGUGGUUCCUCUGUGACUUCUUCCUACGGCGUUGUGACACCGACAACGACUGCGCGACAGGUGCCAAGUGCUGCUUCGCCAGUGGUUGCAACAGACGGGCGUGUCUCCGAGCUCGGAUCUAGACACGUGGUGGUGGACGGUGUUCUAGGCACGUAUUGGUGGACGGUGUUCAGAGGACAUUUACUAAUGGAGAUGUUCGUGGAGAGAAAACUUUAGUGUACACCAAAAAGACGAUCAUAUGUCUAUCAGGCGUUGUCGUGUCGUAUACGUACAUAUAGUAAGGUGUCAGAAUUCACAUUCACAAAUAUCGAACCCUGUUGACGACGUGUUUAUGUAUUCAAAACAAACCCUAGGGUAAUGUCAGUUUGAAAGUGGUUCUAUUUUCGAGGACCAAAUAAUUCCAGUCUUCUGACAAGAUGCAACGGAGCAGCCCUGUACUGCCUCACUGCACGAAUAUGUCUCUGACAGUCCUGAACUCGACAUGGCCUCUACACUCCUAUUUGUUGUUUGUUAAAUAAUGUGGAUGUACUCCAAUGGUGAAGCAUAUUUCAAAUUUAUUUUUAUACAUCUUGUUUUAUUUUUAUUUUUCCAUUAGCGAUUAAAUUGGCUCUAUCGACAAAG